AUGAGGCGCAUGCGCGAGAGGCGGAGCCCUCUCUCCUUGGUGGACGGGGCGCGAGGGGCGGAGCCUCAGGGGCUGGCGUCGCUUGAGCGCAUGCGCCGGCCUUCCGUCCCCUCUUGGCCACCGGCGACCGGCGCCUCCGCCAUGGCGACCGCGGCCCAGCGGCGGCUGAGGGGAGACGGCCGGGCCGGGCCGGCGGGCGCCCCCGGGGCUUCGGCCGCCCUCCCCCCCUUCCUGGGCUGGUGCGCCGCCGCGGGCGUGGCGCUGAGCGACAAGGUCUGUGUGAGCAGAGAAGGCACAGUAGCGGCUUAUGGCCUGUUGGCCAGAGAGGACCUUGAGGCUGGAGAAGUCCUUUUUACCAUCCCAAGAACAGCACUCCUCUCACAAAACACGAGCUCCAUUUCUUCCCUCCUGGAGAAAGAACAAGCCUCCCUGGACAGUCAGUCUGGCUGGGUUCCCCUCCUUCUCUCUCUGCUACAUGAAUCCACAUCCAGCAAUUCCCAUUGGGGACCUUAUUUGUCCCUCUGGCCCAACUUCAGUGGUUUGGAUCACCCCAUGUUCUGGAGUAGUGAAGAGCGGAUGAGGCUUCUGCAAGGUACAGGGAUCCCAGAAGCUGUGGACAAAGACUUGGCCAGUAUCCAGAUGGAGUAUUGCUCUAUUAUCUUGCCCUUCAUGAAGGCUCACCCAGAUAUCUUCAACCCCAGGGUGCACACUCUGGAUCUGUACAAGACGCUGGUGGCAUUCGUCAUGGCUUACAGUUUCCAAGAACCUUUGGAUGAGGAGGAAGAAGAGGAAGAGCCUAACCCUCCAGUGAUGGUGCCCCUGGCAGAUCUCUUGAAUCAUGUGGCAAAUCACAAUGCCAACUUGGAAUACACCCCGGAGUUUCUGAAAAUGGUUGCAACCCAGCCGAUCUGUAAGGGCCAAGAGAUCUUCAACACUUACGGACAAAUGGCAAAUUGGCAGCUGCUCCACAUGUAUGGGUUUGCUGAGCCAUAUCCUGGCAACACAGACGAUACUGCAGACAUCCAGAUGUUGACCCUGUUCAAAGCAGCACUGCAAGCUACAAAGGCAGAAGCGGAACGGCAGCUGGUCUUGGAACAGUGGGCCUACCUUUGCCACCUGGAGAUGGUGGGUGAGGAAGGGGCUUUUGUGAUGGGCUGGGAGAGAGUCUUGACAGAAGAGGAGCUGUACAUGGCAUUGAAGGUGCUAAGUAUGUCUGCAGAGGAAUUCAAAGAGUUUAAGGAGCAAGAGGCCGGAAUGGGUGCAGACGGCACCAACUACCUGAUGCUAUCAAAUGCUACAAUCCCCAAACUUAAAGCCUCCUGGAAGAAACUUCUCUUUGAUGCCACACUAUUAACUCUGAAGUUGUACAACUCAGACUUGAAAGAGGAGGAGGAAGUACUGACAGACUUGCAGGCUUAUUCAAAGCUCAGCUGCAGGGAGCAGUUUGCCCUGCAAGUGCGCUAUGGCCAGAAGAAGAUUUUACAUCAGUUGCUUGAGCUGACAAGGUAGCUGCAGCUGAGUGGCUCCAUCACUGUUGUCCUGGACUUGUUAGUGGAAGGAGGGAAGCAUCUGUCUGUACAUGGAAAGCCAUUCCUGUUAAUAUCAGUGAGUUUAGCUGGGUAGCAAGAAGCAGUUGUAGGGGUGGGUGGGUUUGUGCCUGAAAGGACUUAACAGCCCCUAUCAGUCCUCAGCAGAAAGUUUCUUAUGGAACACACAUCAGACCAAAGAUCCAUCUAGUCUGGUUUCCCAAAGUGGUGUGCCUAAUGCCUCCAGAAAGGCCAUAAAACUACCCCUCCCCACAAUUGUGGUUUGUUCCUUAUCAACUGUUAAUUGGAGAGUUGCUUUCCGUACCAUGGUUCCAUUUAGCUACCAUGGCACAUCACCACCAUGGAACAUGAACUUGUUUAGUUAAAUGAAUUCCAUAAAUGUAUUGUGUAUACAUUUCUUCUGUCUGUAUUGAAUCUGCUCCAUUUCAUUUGCUCACCUCAAGUUUUCUAAUACUCUGUAGAAUGAAUUUUCCUUUUCAAUUAGCUAUCUAAAACUUAUUUGCAUAUGCUUGUGAUGCAGCUCCAAACCGUUGGUGAGGCAGGACUUUUGAAUCCUCCUGUGAGGACAAUUUUAGUGACAGGUUGCAUUUUUAUGAGAGCAGCAAAUUCACAUUUGAGCCCCUUUUAAAGACUGUACAGCCAGUGACCCACUUGUUGAUUAGCCCUAGAACUUCUGGUGUUUAUUCAGCAUCUUCUACUGUGAACAACCUAUGUAAAGAAUUCAUUUAUCUUUUCUAAAUUCAUGUCCUUUAGCAGAUAUUUCAAUCACUUAUUGCAUAAAGACCCUAGUGCCUUCCUGCUUCUAAUGUAUUUGAAUGAUUUUUUUCUUCGUGAUCUUAAUGUCUAAACUUAGGACAGUUUUAUCUCCACUUUUGAACAUGUUGCAGUUAAGCAACAUGUUCAAACAUCCUCACAGUUGUUUUGGCAGAGUUUGUGUGGGCAUCUUUGUUCUUUCCUUCAGAAAAAGACUUCCACUUUUUUUGGAGGAAAGAUGUCUUGCCUUUUUUUCUAGACUUCAUUGCCUACUCUCUGGAUCUUCCAAACCUCCCUAGGCUGCUCUCUGAUGAGAUACCAUCUCUGUAUGAAAGCCCCUGGGUUUUUGGAAGCCCACUUGAAUCCAGCGCCAAUUCAAGAUUGUUUUACUACCCAGUUUGAGAAGUGAGGGCCCAAAACCCCCUGGAAACCACAUUCUUCCCCCCCCCCUCCCCACACAUUUGUUUCAGUUUUUAAAUGGGAAAUUUUGGGAAACAAUAAAAACAUGUUUCACUGA